UCAGAGCCACAAGAAGCCUGACUGGAGCACUUUUCUGGACACAAACAUUUCUGUAAAAGCUUUUAACACCAUGGACGAGGAAGACUCAGACGCUCGACGAAUUGUCCUGAUCGGCAAAAGCGGCAGCGGGAAAAGCAGCCUGGCCAACACGAUUUUUGGAAAGCCAAUUUUUGACGUGAACCACAGCAGCGACUCUAAAUUCAAAUACUCCCAAGCGCAAACGGGACUCGUGGACGGACGGGCCUUGACGUUAAUCGACACCCCUGGAAUUUUCGACAUCGACCGCACAGACGACGAGAUCCUGUCGGGAUUAUUUAACUGUUUCUCGAUGUCUUCCCCCGGACCCCACGCCUUUAUUUUCGUGUUGCUCCUCGAGAAGUUCACAGCCCAAGAACAAGCCAUCGUCGAUCAGGUUCGGCGGCAUUUCGGGGAUGACGUUUUCAAAUACGCCACCGUUGUUUUCACUCACGGGGAGCAGCUGCCGGAAGAGAUGGAAGUUAGUGAGUUUGCGGGUCAAAGCAAAGGGUUGAAAGACCUCGUCGAGAAAUGUGGGAACCGCUGCUUUGUGGUCGACAACAAAUACUGGACAGAUGCGACGCGAAAUGAAUAUCGAAGCAACGGGUUUCAAGUCAAAGAGAUUCUCAGGUCAAUAGAAAGUACGUGUCAGCAAAACGACAACGGCUACUUCGUUAAUAACACGCGACGACGGGUGGAAAUGGACGAAGGACAAAAGCAAGAUCUCGAAUCAGAUGGUUGGCUCGUGGUAGACGGCGGAGACGAAGCCGAGUGGGAUCAGAAAAAUAACGUUUGUGCUCGUUUCUUUUCGUUUUUCAGAGGUGAAGUGGCGUCAGAGCCGGUCCCAAAUGAAGUCCUGCCCGUUUCGGCGCUGGAGUUAAACCUCACAGAGAGAACAGACUUUGUGAGAGCAGGCGAGAAAAUGAAUCUCAGUUUGGACGAGCCCAGAAGGAUUGUGGUCCUGGGUAAAGCCGGUUUAGGGAAGAGCAGUUCUUUAAACACUAUACUCGGUGCCAACGUAUUUGAAGUGUGUCAUUUAUCUGUCCCUGGUACGAGCCUGUGUCAAGCUGUCACCAGACGGGUCGGACAGAGGAACCUCCACCUCAUCGACACUCCGGGAUUUUUUGGCGCAAACCCGUGGGGCACAGCGCUGAGUCCUGAGGUCCUCAAAUGCAGCGUACACUGUGCCCCGGGACCCCACACGUUCCUCAUUUUCCUGAAGGUCGAGCGGUUCACGUGUUUGGAGAACGCCGCGGCUAAUGUCAUCCUCAGAUAUUUCUCAGAAGAGGCUUUCCGAUUCGCCACGGUGGUCUUCACUCACGGAGACGACCUUCCCCAGGGCCAAACGAUCGAGCAGUGGGCCAACGGGAACCACAGUCUGAGCGUCCUGCUGCAGAAGUGUGGCGGCCGCUGCGUCGUCUUGGACAACAAAUAUUGGAACAACAGCCAGGACCCGUACAGAAACAACCAGGUCCAGGUGGAGGCGCUGCUGAGAACCAUCGACAACACGAUAUUCAGAAACGGCGGCCGAUGCUACUCCAACGACAUGCUGGAGCGCAUUUCGUAUUUCCUACACCAGGAGGCGCAGGGCAUCCCGAUCGAUCCGUCCAGGGGCACCACGUUCGCGCAGGUCCUGAACAAAGCCAAAGAGGAGGUGUACAAAACAAUGAUGAACAACAUGAGCGGCGUCGUGGUCGGGGUGUUACUGGGCGCUCUCUUAGGCGUGGGGUUAAUGGUUGGGGUGGUGGCCGUAGAGGCGACGGUGGGGGUGAAGUGUGUCGCGGGUGUGGCAGGAGCGCUGACGGGAGGGGCGGUGGGGGGCGUCACGGGGGCUUAUGUGUCAGAAUACGGGGGGCAAUGGCGCAAAUCACCUGAAAUCAAUACAUUCCUCAACGAUGUGACCAAAACGCUUCAGUUGUGAAAUGAUAAUGUCAUUUCCGAAGCUUCGGAGCUGGUUUCUGGGUUUGUUUUUGUUCCUUUUUCAUUAAACAAGAGACAAGAAACUCAAAUCGUAUCAAAUAUGUAAAUAAUGUAGUCCUAAUCCAGCGUAAUACCAUUUCUUUUCUCUUAGCUAGAGAUAAGAAACGGUUUGAAAGGGGAGUUAAGCAAUUUUUGAUUUACGACUCUAUAUUCAGACCCAAAGCAAACAGGGACAAAGAGAACAACGGACGGCCAUUACAGGUUGAAUAGGGUCGUUAAGGUUGAAACUGGAGACAAGCCCCUAACUUCAGAUCUGUCCAGAACUGAAGAAGUAGCGUGAAUGAGCAGCGUAACGAUGAUUUGUCCAGUUGACAGAUUUAAAUUUCGUCUUUUGCUGUGGAUCAGACCUGGACGACUGAGGGAUGACGCAAAAAUCUAGCGUAAAAUCGGAUUCCCAGUGUGUAUGUCUCACUAACUGUUGGUCACCGCUAACUAGCCUCUUACCUCAACCUCCCUCGUACACUUUCUGUAACCAUAGAUCCGUGUUUAUGACCUCGUUAGCUUUAAACAACUGUGAUUUCUUUAUAACGUGAGGCAUGUUGUUGCUAAAAAAAAAGCAAAAGCGUAACACGUUCAUUGUUUUCAAUCAGCUGAUGGACGCUGACAGAACAACUCUCUAGACCCUUCUGGUGUUCGUAAACAGAACACCUUCGUUACUACUAGCUGGUACCAUUGCUUUGCUAGCGUUAGCCUCAAAACAUCACAAACUAUGAAAAAACGCGGCUGUUUUGGCGACCGACGACCACUCGACCUCACCCCAGUCCCUCCAGAGCCUCAGUAGAAAACAUCGUGUGUAGUAACGCUUUGUGUAGAUCACCAAGUUAGCGAAUAGUGCCGAAAUAAAAAGGUCUUAAAUCUAAGUUUACCACAGUUUGACAGUAGAUUAUUUGUUUUUUGUUUCAUUAAGUGCCACAAAUCCUGCAUACGAGUUUGGAAACUGGAGCUGGACGUUGGGUUGUUUAUUUCUCUUUGGCGAAUGUAACAAGCAUAAACAACUGUACUGUCUGUGCUGUUUAGAGUCAAAAUAUAUUGUUUUUAUUUUGCUGUUCUACUGAAAUAAAUGGGCGGGAACCUUAAGGUCACUGCUGGGACGGUCUAUAGUUCUACGUAAAAAUAGGCCAUACCGUCAUUUUUAGCGUUUGCCAAUUACAAUUUGUGUAAAGUAAAGUUUAAAAGUGCAAUGUGUAACUUUUCUGGCCCGCUCUCAUUCAUUCAGAUGUGACUGCUUCGCUCAGAAUGUUCCACAGUAUGGUAUUAAACUAUCUUAGUAUGUAUUUAUCCAAUUGCUGGUGUUUUUAUUGCUCAAAAAUACUUUAAACAGUAUGCGUUUUUACGGUGAGCUGGCUCGCCUCUCCACAGAUCCGACCUGUAAUUUGGCCUGGUACAUUCCAGGUAAAGCAAUAACAUCACAAUGGAAACCAGCAGAUGGCAAAAUGUCCAGUAGAAAAGUUACAUAGUGCACCUUUAUGAAUACUUUCUCAAAUGUUUGCUGAAAAGUGGAUUAAUAAAAACUAAUAAGGCAUAAAAAGUGUCUGUCUCCUUCUUUACCCUCAGAUUAAUAUUAUCCUGUAUUGUGUAAUCAAAUAUUUGUCCAUAUUAAUAUAUGUUUUAAGAAUUAAUAAAUGGAAUUUUCAAUAAAUA